AUGACGCUAUAUUCUAAUUCAUAUUGUAGCCCCAAUAAAUCACUAUUUGUCCUUUAUCGAGGAAUGUCUUUAAUAGAGCAUAUCUUGAUCAACGGAGGAUAUCCAACUUUGGAACACCACAUAGUGCAUUCACUGUUGGAAGGUGAUAUAAUAUAUACGAAGUUAUGGCCAAGUCCAAAAGUUUCGGUGGCCAGAUUUCAUUUUGUCAUGAUCGACCCAAAUCCAGCCAUAGGCAACUCAACAGCAAUAGCAGUUCCACAGCCGCCAAGUGGUAACAUUCGGCUGUUGUUCGAUUGGGAGGUAGAAAUGGUUCGACUUUGCGAGAACUUUAGCCUGGUAUCAAAUGCCGCGGUGAGAAAGUUAUUACAGCUGAUCAUGCCAGCAACUCGCCACACAAACAUACUUACAUCACUGCGGAGCACACUCUCAGUACGGCAGCUACUUCGAGAGUUCGUCGUUCGCAUGAGCGGUGAUGCAGGCUAUCUAAACAUCGAGUACCCACGACAAACCCAGUAUGCAACGAUCAACGAGUAUAUUGAUGAAGUAGAAAGAUGCACUCGUCAGUGCCGAGAAGGUGUAAUCUUAGACGAGGAGCUCUACAAUGAGCCCAGAUUCCAGGAGGUUUUCAAGCAAGGUCUGGCCCCCGGCACCCGAGCGCGGUUAUCAAGUAUUGGUCUAUGGAAUAACAUAAGCAAAGCAAUUCCAGCCUUGAAGCGCUACGACAACGAGUACAUAUCCGUGCUACAAGGCGUGAUAAACCAGCCCGAAGAAUACACGGUAGGCUCACUAGACUCGUUAUACCAGAAGGUCGAGGCCAAGCAGUCCCGAAGCCCGCACACUCAACCGAAGGCAUGGCCGUGCACCACAACCUCGCAUGAAAACGAGCCAAGCCCGCGAGCAACUACCCCGCCAGCCAAGACUAGUAGUACAACUAAGCCCAAAUACUGCACCUUUCAUAAAUCAGCGACUCAUAGCACGACCGAAUGCCGCACUCGACUCAAGGCCGAACAGCCGCCUAAGGAGCGCAAGCGCAAGUCCUUAGAACAGCCAUCUCGUGGAGUAGACACCAAAGUACGUCCAAAACGCCCCUUUCUACUCGGGGACAACAAUGUCUGUCUAAGCCAUUGCGACCCUUCUUGCCAACCCGAAGAAAUGAAUCCGGGCCAACCGCUUCAUACAAUCCAGGAAGAAAGCAACUCUCACAAUGGACUAAUCAAUGCCUCCCAGGCCUACUCAGCCACUUUAAACCGAAAUACAGUCGAUUUGGACGUUUCAGAAAGACAGAAGCAUGUUUACAGCAAAUCCCCACACGCUACGGUUAGAUCUACUCCAUUUGAACUAGUCAACAAGUAUCACCUGCUUGAUCUCCCCAAAUAA